AGACAGACUGCGCCGUCUCUCCAGUCUUUGAUUGACAGACGGAAUCCUCACAUGGCUGAUCUCUAUAAGGAGUAGACAAAGAUGGACUGGUGAAGUAAAGCCCACAGAAAGAUGAACAUAUACUUUGGCCUCCCGCACUUGCUGUUUUGGCAGGCGCACCAUUUCUGUAAUUGGAUUUCUGCUGUUCCAUUAGAUAAACCAACAACCACUUCCGAUUCGCUUGAGAAUUCUUUGCAGACCAGGGGUGAUUUAUCUUCUAUCAAACACAUCGAGAAUCCUAGAUCCAUAAACGGAAAUUAUUCCGCAGGAGUUACUAUUGCCACUUUAGAAACUCACAGUUUACUUACUCAAGCAAAUGAUGCAAAGCGAAAGCCCAAGGUAUCGAAUGAACUAUCGAUGACAGAAUUUAUGGACUCUACGGACGAUAAAAAUGAAAGUGUUCCUGUUGUAAAUAAAUAUGGAAAUCCAAAGGAAAUUAAUAUUCAAACGUCGAUUAAAACACCAUCUGACAAAUUACUAGAUCGAAUUCUUCGCGAUGAAAAAUCAACAACUGAGAUUUACAAUGAAAUAAACUUCUUACAAACAACAAAGUCAGAAAAAGAGAUCAUUUCAUCAGAAAACAAGCCCACAGUCGAAAAUGGAACACUUGUAUCCGAGCACCAUCCACUAAACGUUUCUCUCCAUUCAAAUGAAAGCGUCAGUACCGCCAUGAACACUACGAUUAUUUUAACAAUCAAUUCUACGACAGAAGGAACUACAAUGAAAACACCAACAAACACGACCAACAAAGUAUCAACAGCAGGAAAUGGCGUCAAGGAGAAUAUGACGACAAUGCAAACUACGACAUCUGUAAAACAGACGACACAUGAAUAUCACCAACUUCGUCUGUUUACAGGCUUUGCUGAAAACGUUCCUAUACGACCUAGAUAUCCCCAACACAACAACCAUCAUCUGAAUCUCGUACCUAUGGAAGACAGCCCGUUUGGAAAUCUCUUGUGGAAGGAUAAGAAAUACUUGAUGAGUGUGCUGGUUCCUAUCAGUAUUGGAGUAGUAGGAGCUGCAUGUAUCAUUGGUAUGGCCUACAUAGCUCGCUACUGUUACAGGAACGAGAGACAAAUUCAAAUGAUGAAAGAAAGAAUCACCCAGACCCAGGAAACGCGCACCGACAACAUUGUUCUUCUAGACGAUUCUGAUGACGAGUUUUAAAAUGAAAUCCAGAUAUUGGACUGCUCAGUUGUUUGACUAAUUACAAAGCUGUGACCGACAAAUGUGAUUUGUUGGGCGCUGACAGAAGCGGCUGCCAUGAAAUCGGUGAAGAACUAUUGUAAAUAGAAAGGCAAUCAGCUGCAGAAAUUGUCUCCUGAAAUCAAAGGGAAGAAAGUAAUUACAGGCAUUGCCUCCGUGUAUCUUGUGGAUGACUCUCUCUCUCUUUUUUUACACACACACCUACACACUCACACACACAUAUGAAAACUAUAUUUCGUAAUAUUAAUAUUGCGACAGACGAGCAUUUUGUGUCUAUUCGUAUUCUUUUAUACAAAGUUUGUUAAGAAAUUGCUCUAGAUUUUCCAAACACACAUGUACUGAAGUCCUAUGUGAAAAUAAGAUUUACUAUUCAAGUUCGAAAUAUUUUAAUAGCAUAUAAAAAAAAUCUUCAAAGAUGCAUGAUAAUUCCAUAUAGUGUUUAUAGGUUUACGAAGAUGCAUGUCCAUGUUGUAUAGAGAGUCUAUAAUCAUUUCUCUUUCCUGGCCUUGUAAAUUAUAAUUCAGCAAGCUCACGUGCAUAACAUUGUAAUCACAACGCCUACGUUAUCAAAUUUCACUGUCGUUGUGUAUUGCUGUUACUUGUUUUUUUUCUUAUAUUACAAUAAAAUUAUAGGUUUUUAUCAAUCUGGAAGACAAAAAAUGUGUUAUUAUGCGCUCUCCACAUCUGGAUGACGAAUGAUUAACCUCUGCAUUAUCUCACUGGUUCAUAUUGAUCAUCAAAUAGCAUUUUACGUUGUUUUUUUUUUCAAGUCAUUAUUAAAAUACAGAAAAACGAA